AUCAUCCAGUGGGACUUUAUGGACACCUUCUUCAACCUCACCCUGAAGGAUGUGCUGUUCUGGGACUGGUUCUCGAGGCAUUGCCCACAUGCCCAUUUCAUUUUUAAGGGUGAUGAUGAUGUAUUUGUGAGGACACCUGCAGUCCUAGACUAUCUGCUGGCUGAAGCGGCAAACAGAAGCUUUUCAGAUGGAUCCAGGCAGGCAAAUAAAAUGGAGACGUUUGUUGUGGGGGACGUGAUAAGCAAUGCCACACCUAUACGCUCUAAUGGGACUAAGUACUACAUCCCAGAGAGUUUCUAUAAAGGGUGGUACCCAUCAUACCCUGGUGGAGGAGGGGUGAUUUACUCUGGUUCUCUAGCACAUAGGCUUUUGGCGGUAUCACAGCGGGUUCAUCUGUUCCCCAUUGAUGACGUCUACCUGGGUAUGUGUCUUCAGAGACUGGGAGUUUACCCUAUCCACCACCCUGCCUUCCUCACCUUUGACUUCCCCAAAGAUGAGCCCAAGGAACCCUGUGCGAAUCACACCAUCCUGCUGGUGCACAAGCGAAGCCCUGCUGAGAUGUUCCAACUUUGGACUGAAACGUCGACACCCAGCCCUAAAUGCAGAAAUACAAUGCUGAGAGCCUUGACCUGA